AUGGUCCUCGACUGGAUACAGGUGGACUACCCCGUCAUGGUUGUGGGUCAGUCUCUGUCCCAAACCGAGGGGUUUAAGUGUCUUGUCUUGUUCAUGAGUGAUGGUAGGAUGGAACGGGCGAUAGACAGGCGGAUUGGAGCUUCUCCUGCAGUAAUGCGGGCGCUGAUCCAGUCUAUGGUGAUCACCUUCAUCAUGGUUCCAGCUUUUCUUUUCCUCCUCUUCCUCUCAGGGACCAGUGUCUUACUGAGUGCACCACUUGACAAUGACAAUAAAUCUGAAACGCUGAUGCUGCUUGAUGACAUUGUCAUACCUGAUAUACGGACCAGGAAUGCAGACCCAUGCACUGCCAGGGGCUGCAAGUGGCCCAAAUAUGGACACUUUGUCUUGGUGCCGUACGAGAUCUCCUCUGACUACUCUGUGAAGGAGCGCAAUCAAAUCAUUGAUGGCCUACAGAGCUUCAAUAAGUCUACCUGCAUUCGCUUUGUCCAACGUACAUCAUCUCAUCGUGAUUACAUCCAUUUCUUUUUAGGCGAUGGGUGUUGGUCCUACCUCGGACGUCAGAAAGGAGGACAGAAAAUCUCCCUGACGAAUAAGGGCUGUUUGCAUCUUGGCAAAAUACAACAUGAGAUACUUCACGCUCUGGGCUUCAACCAUGAACAGUCCCGCUCUGACAGAGACAAAUACGUUAAAAUUCUCUUUGAUAACAUCAAGCCAGGAAAGAGGGGCAACUUUGAAAAGAAGAAAACUAACAACUUGGGGACUACGUAUGACUUUGACUCUGUCAUGGAAUACGCCAACAAAGCCUUCUCUAAAAAUGGGAAACCAACCAUUGUUGCCAAAAGCGACCCAAAUCUGGUGUUUGGACAACGCAUACAAAUGGAUGAUAAUGACAUCAACCGCGUCAACAAGCUUUAUGAGUGCUGUUAG